AUGAAAGAAGAAUUGGUAUCAUUACCACCACCAACAUCAUUUAUUGAAUUGAUUGUAAAGUUAUCAAAAGAAAGAGAAAUAAAUAAUCAACAACGAAAACAAUUAGAUGAAAAGACAAUCAUUAAUCUAAUACACAAGAUAAAGAGUAAAGAACAACAAGAAUAUAAUCGAUUGAUUGUUCAACAAUGGGAUCAAACAUUAUCAUGGUUAUUUUAUCUUAUCGUUCAUUCUGAAUUACCAACUAUUAGAAAUGAAUCAAUUUAUUUAUUAGAUUAUUCAUUAAUGUUUUCAAAAGGAUUACAUCAAAGAUCAUUGCGAGUAAAUUUCAAAGGAGAAUAUAAUCAAAUAGAUAUAUCUCCUUUGGAUAUUUUUAAUCAAUUUCAUAAUGAUCACAAUGAUUAUCAAUUACCCUCCCAAGUAAAAGAUAUGAUAAUAUCUAUAUUAAACUCUCUUCUAACUAAAUAUACAUCACCAAAAGGAGAAAAUGAUAAAUUAAUUCAAACAUUGAGAGAUAUUUCAAUGGGAGAUCAAUCUAUUACUCGAUCAAGUACAUUGACAUUGAUUGAAAGAAUAUGUUCAGGUUUACAAAUUCAUUGCCCAUCUUUUAUAUUUCUAGAGGGAUAUUUAAAAGAUAAUAAUGUUGAAUUGAGACACCGAGCAAUCAAUAUAAUCUAUAAUGCCACCACCACCUCCCCCUCCUCUACCUCCUCCUCUACAGAGUUUAAUUAUUCAAGUUUCUUUCAAAAUCUUUGGAAAGCUGGAUACACUAUAAAAAAGAAUUGUCUAGAUGUGGAUGAAAUGAUCAUCAAACAUUUAGAAUCUCAUCUUUUAUCAUUCUCAAGCAAAAGAUCCUUAUUUGGUAGAGAAUUGGAAGAUUCAAAACAUAUUAUUAAAUCAAUGGACCCAAGUAAUUUUAAAAAAUUUUCAAAUAUUUUAUUACCAAUAAUAUUAGAUAAAAUAAUAGAGAGUCUUAAUCAAUCUUCAUUAUUGGAAUAUUUCAUGUUUAUUGGUAGUAUUGUUGGAUUAAAAUAUUUUAAUGUGUAUUUGGGUAAAAUGCUUGGAAAAUGUUAUGAAUUGCUUGCAUCAAAUAUUGGAAUGUCAGAAAUAGGUUUAUUUCAAGCUGCUCAAGAUCAUUUUCUUUAUUACAUCCAAGUAUUGUUAGUAGAUUGUAAGAAAACUCCACUCAAUUGUCUUGGAUACAAGCUCCGUCAUGUCAUCCAAGGGGUGUCGAAAUAUCAAGGUUAUACUCUAGACAUGAAUGGUACGAAAACAUUAUUCGAUUAUUGUCAACAAUUGGAUCAAAAACUUUAUUUACAAUGGAAACAAAUAGGAAAAGAAGAAGAACAAGUAGAUGAUGAUGAUGAAUAUGAAUAUGACAGUUUGGAGAGUAAAAUGGUAGACUUGGUAAUGGCAAUUGGUGAUAAUUUUAGUAUUAUACAAGCUAUUAUUUCAAUGAACAAGGAAAUGGAAAUAGUUGCAAAGACAUUAUUAUCAAAAAACCAUUCAAUACUUGCAGAAUUGUUUGACAUUAAUCAAUUAAAAGUAGACACUAUAGUGUCUAUCGAAUCAAUUCGACAAUUGUAUCCAACCUUUAUACCAAUAUUUUUAAAGAAUUACUAUACCAUACCCUAUUUCUUACCAACAUAUAUACUACCAUUUUGGAAAAUAAUAAUAGAAAUUGUGAAUCAAUCCAAAAUUGAUGAUGACUAUAAAAGUGAUGCCCAAGAAAUUCAUCGAUUGGUACAUGAAAGCAUCUUGGAUCAAAUUCAUAUAUAUGAUCAAUCAUUUGAAGAAUUAUUUUCAUUGAACCCCAUCAUAUCAAAUAAUUUGUUUGAUCAAUAUGAUUAG